AUGCCCCGAGUUCGCGUUAGUUCAAGCCAAAAUUGCCAUGAGAAGGAAGGUCGGCUCCUACUGGCUGUACAGGCUAUUAAAAAAAAGGAGAUUACAUCAAUACGCGAGGCAGCACGUCGCUUCAAUGUGCCUGAAUCUACACUACGUACGCGACUACGCGGGACUACAAAUCGCGCCGAAUCUCGCGCAAAUGGCCAUAAAUUGACUGAGAUUGAAGAGGAAGUGCUUAAGCAGUGGAUUCUCUCUUUAGAUCUACGCGGAGCAGCUCCUACAAAAGCUCAUGUACGAGAAAUGGCUAAUAUUCUGCUUGCAAAGCGUGGUUCCACCCCAAUCCAGACUGUCGGCCAGAAAUGGGUAUAUAAUUAUACUCAACGCCACCCGGAGCUUGAGUCUCGCUUGUCAAGGCAAUACGACUGCCAGCGAGCAAAGCAAGAGAACCCAAAGGUUAUUCAAGCAUGGUUUAACACCGUACGAGCCACAAUCGAACAAUACGGGAUCCUACCGGACGAUAUCUACAACUUUGAUGAGACUGGCUUUGCAAUGGGCCUUUGUGCACAUCAGAAAGUGAUUACCAAGUCAGAAUCAUGUGGCCGAAGACCAGUUCUACAGCCAGGAAACCGUGAAUGGGUUACUGCAAUUGAGUCAAUCAGUGCUUCUGGAUGGGCACUUCCACCAACACUUAUCUUUAAGGGCAAGCAGUAUAACCAAGCAUGCCUUCGCUGGCUUCAGAAGCAAUUUAUCCCGUCAACAGAGCAUCGUACGCGCGGAAGAUAUCAACUUCUAGUUCUUGAUGGCCAUGGAAGCCAUCUUACACCAGAGUUUGAUCAAAUCUGUACAGAUCAUAAUAUUAUACCACUCUGCAUGCCGGCACAUUCCUCCCAUCUUCUACAACCACUUGAUAUUGGAUGUUUUGCAGUUUUGAAGCGCUCGUACGCCAGCUUGGUUGAUCAGAAAAUGCGGCUUGGCAUCAGCCAUAUUGACAAACUUGAUUUCCUUGCAGCCUAUCCACAAGCUCGAAUCAGCACAUUUAAGCUGGAUACAAUCAGAAACAGUUUUCGAGCAGCAGGACUAGUGCCAUUGAAUCCUGAACCAGUGCUUUCAAAGCUUAGUAUUCAGGCUCGUACGCCUACACCCCCUGGAAGCCGUGGCAGCCAGGCAAGCACUUUUUGCCCACAUACACCAGCAAAUGUUGAUGAGCUUCUAAAGCAAGCUUCUUUACUCAGAGAUUUUCUCAAACAGCGCUCAAAAAGUCCACCAUCACCGUCCCAUAAUGCCCUAAACCAGCUAAUUAAAGGCUGUCAAAUUGCAAUGCAAAAGGGCAUACUAUUGGAGCAAGAGAAUAGGGCGCUACGUGCUGAAAAUGCUAUACAAAGGCGAAAGCGAGCUCGUACGCAUAGAUGGAUAACUCAUGAUAAUGGUCUGUCUGUACAAGAGGCUACAGAGCUCGAGGAAGCUCAUAAUGCGUCUUUUCAGGCAAUACCUGGUCCAUGCGGGCCACCAGCAGAAGGUGCACAAACACCAAAGGCACGGGCAUUACCUACAUGUAGUACCUGCCAUAGAAUUGGGCAUAGAAGAAAUGCUUGUCCAAAUAAAUAA